UCCAACAUCUAUUGGUCCUUGUUUUCAGAUGAGUGGAGGAGAUCUUGGAGUAUCGGCUUUUCCUGAAGGCGAGAGCAUUUUUACAUGGCUUGGCACAAUUGAAGGUGGAAAAGGAACUAUGUAUGAGGGUUUAUCCUACAAACUUUCUUUGCGUUUUCCUCUGGACUAUCCUUUCAAGCCACCCCAAGUCAAGUUUGAGACAAUGUGCUUCCAUCCAAAUGUUGAUCAGUUUGGCAAUAUAUGUCUUGAUAUUCUGCAGGACAAGUGGUCUUCAGCGUACGAUUGCAGGACUAUACUUCUGUCCAUUCAAAGUCUAUUGGGAGAACCAAACCCGGAGAGUCCCCUCAACAGCUAUGCUGCUGCUCUGUGGAAUAAUAAGGAAGAUUACAGAAAAAUGGUCCACAAACAGUACUUUGCCGGAGAAUCACUUGAGAGUUGAUUUGUAGAAUUCGCGAUGGAUCACAAAAUGUCAUGUGGCCUUUGAUUUCUCUGUACAGCUCUGUGGAGGGGAAAUGUUUGCAAUGAAAAGUACAGUUUCUUUCUCA